UGUUCUGUCUACGAUCAUGGCAUCUCUAAUGUCAUUUUAAAAAUCUGAAACCAUCUUUUCACUCGCUGUCUCCUUUCUUUCAUCAUCGCCUUUCUUCGUCUUGAUCUCAUCAUUCUUUCGUUUGUUUCUCGUUAUCCAGUGAGAUGGGAAGCAUCAGUAGCAACAGCGACAUAGUGGGAUACAGAUUCCACCCAACUGACAAAGAACUCGUAGAUCAUUAUCUAUGGAACAAAAUUCUCGACCGUGAUUCUCUUGUCCAAGCUAUAAAAGAGGUCGACGGCCUUUGCAGGACAGAUCCCUGGGAACUACCCCGUCUUUCUAAGAUAAAGUCAGCUGAUCAAGUUUGGUAUUUCUUUUCCCGACGAAAGGACAACAAACGGGUCAAGAGGACUACCGACAAUGGGUUCUGGAAAGUAACGGGAAAGGCUCGUGAUGUAAAGGGAAAGAGAGGGAGUGCUAUAAAGAAAACUUUGGUUUUUUUUCAGGGUCGUGGUCCAAAUGCAAAAUGGACGCCUUGGGUCAUGCACGAGUACAUUUUCACUUCAACUGUUCUCGACAACAAAGAGGGCAUUUUUCUCUGUAAAUUGAAGAAUAAAGAAGAUGAAAAGGCCGAUACUUCAAGGAGUGAAGUUUGUGAGCCAAGUCAGGUCGCAGAUGAUGGGAUUCCUGAAAACUCAGCCAUGUUCGACCCUGAUGUGAUGCUAGCCACAUUGGAAGAACCUGAUGGCAGGGAUGAGGCUGACAACAACUUGUCUCCUUCACCACAACCAAUGAUGCGUGAGGAGCAUGUGCCAUCUUGUAUGGAUUCAGCAUAUUUGUACGAGUUUAGUGGUGGCCAUUGUGGGGUUCAACACCUAUCUAACUCCAAUGAACAGAGCGAUGACUCCUGGAUUAAAUAUUUGGUCGAUAGUGACGAAGUUUAUCCUGAUGAAAAUGAGGGCUGCAUGAGUAUGACCUGCCCUGGGGAGUGCUCUAGAAAAAGGUCACGCUUUGAAAAUGGCGGACUAUGCGGGGCCAUUGAAAAUGAAGAAUGUCAAACAACGUAUGAGCAGGUAGUGAGUGCUUCAAGCAUGCUUGAUGAACAUUCUGGUUCAAAAAAAUUCCAAGCAAUGGCAAUGGUUAAUGCACCAAAUGAAACUUUAACUUCUGUAGAGCAUGAUCCCCAUGGAAGGGAAAGGAUGUUAUCUAUCCAUAAUGAAUCCAGAGAAAUGGAUGCCCCUUCUGGUGACUCAGCUGUUGAUCUGCAUUGCAUUUUUCAUGUUGCUUUAGCAGAAAGUGUAGAUUAUUCUUAUGCAAGAUUCGACAAUCCUCAAUAUCAAGAGAGGUCUCAAAAUUUAAUUGAGCAAGAAGAUGAUCCAAUAAGAAUCACUAAGCAGGGAAAGUUUUCUGUGAAAACAGUCUCCCUAGACAAGGCUAGAGAUGUAAAACAGCAUGUCCCUGCUGAUAAUCUGCCCCAAAUGGAAAAUGCUGUUAUGGAAUCUAACAUGAAGUUUAAAAAGGCAAAAGAAACCAAUAAAAAAGAAAGCUUGCAGAUGCACUGGAGUGAGUCAGCUGAAAGUGAUGAAAGAGGUUUCUUCAUAUACCUAGAUAAACCUUCAUUAAACCAUACACCGUUAGUGUAUUUUGUCAAUGAACUUCUAGGCAUAAUAUUGUUUAUAGCUGUCAUUUAUGAAUUGAUUUCUAUAGCAGCAAUUGGUCCUCGGAGUUGAUAAUGAAAGAAAAAAAUAUCCCUAUGCUGUUCUCACACCCAAUAUCCGCAUUUUUAUCAUGACAAAUCACUAACUGGUUCCAACACGUUGACGGCAUGUGUUAUCUAGGCAUAUCCUUUUCUUCACAUUGCUGAUAGGGCUACCUUCUCCAUGUACUUGUAUUACUUUAAGGGUCUGUCUUGAGUCUUAACAAUGAAUUUAUGUUCAUUAUCUGCA